UUUGUUCAGGUAUCAUCGUAAACCCUUUAAAGACGUCACAUACGCCUUCUUGUCCUCUCGUGCACGUAACGUGAGUGAGCGCGGUGGUGUUGAUCACUACCGCGACUCUAGUAGGAAGUUACUUAUCCCGAGUACUUCCAGUCUAAUUCAGCCUCCUAUGUUGCAGCGUGCCGUGGAAGAUGUCCUGGGAUGAGCUGCAAGCCCUGUGUCGCAGAGAGAGACUCUGCUGUCCACAGCUGGGGGUGAACAGAGCCAACGUCAACGAGUAUGAUGUGGAGUUCCUGUGCGACUACAAGAGGGUCAAGGAGGAGGUGUUCUACCUGGUAAAGUGGAAGACCUUCCCAGAGUCCGAUAACACCUGGGAACCCAAGAGGAACCUCAAAUGCGCCAAACUGAUGAAGCAGUUCCACCUGGACCUGGAUCAGGAGCUGAGGCGCCACAAAAGACGCGCCACCCCUAAAAAACUGGAUAAGGAAGUUGCCUCAUUCCUGGUCCAAAAAGCCAAACUCCGUCAGCGUCUGCAGCGCUGGGAGGCCCAUUUGAACCAGACACGCAAUCACCCGGGUCGCAUUUUUGUCAGGAACGAAGUGGACUUUGAGGGCCCUCCAAAAAACUUCACCUACAUCAACAACUACAAAGUGGGUCAGGGCAUCGUGUUAGAUGAGAUGGCUGUGGGCUGCGAGUGUAAGAACUGUUUAGAGGAGCCGGUGAAUGGCUGCUGCCCCGGGGCCUCCCUGCACCGCAUGGCCUACAACGACAGGGGGCAGGUCCGGAUCCGAGCAGGACAGCCCAUAUACGAGUGUAACACCCGAUGCAGCUGUUGCACCGACUGUCCUAACAGAGUGGUGCAGAAGGGCAUCCAGUUCGACCUGUGCAUCUUUAAGACCGAGAACGGCCGGGGAUGGGGCGUCCGCGCACUGCAGCAUAUCAAGAAGAACACAUUCAUCAUGGAGUACGUGGGAGAGAUCAUCACGACAGAUGAAGCGGAGAGGAGGGGUCAUGUGUACGACCGCCAAGGUUCUACGUACCUGUUUGACCUGGACUAUGUGGAGGACGUGUACACGGUGGACGCGGCUCACCAAGGCAACAUCUCCCACUUUGUGAACCACAGUUGUAACCCCAACCUUCAGGUAUAUAAUGUGUUCAUCAACAACAUCGACGAGAGGCUCCCAAGAAUAGCUUUAUUUUCAACGCGGGCUAUUCGGGCAGGAGAGGAGCUCACCUUCGACUACAAGAUGCAAAUUGAUCCAGUCGACACAGAGAGCACCAAAAUGGACUCCAGUUUCAGUGUAGCGGGGCUCCCCAGCUCUCCGAAGAAGAGGAUUCGAGUGGAGUGUCGGUGUGGAUCGGACUCGUGUCGAAAAUACCUGUUCUGACAAAGGACUACUGGGAAUGCAACACUGUCAUCUGUGCAAAGAUGGACAAAAUUGUACAGAUUUGUAUAUAAUUUUUUUUAUUUUCUUUUUUAUCUUUUAUGAAAGCUUAAAUUCACCAUCAACUUUUUAUAUGUGAACAUGACAAACCCUUCCGAGAUGAAAACCCCCAAUCAAAUCAAA